AUGAAAAAUAUUUUUAUCUUUUUACUUUUUUGUUGUUUAAUAUGUUCAUUUGUUUUUGGAGAAUUGGAAGCAGAUGAUAACAACAAGAAGCCAACACCUAAAUACUACUUUUUGAAAUCAACUGGAAUAGUUUGUGUAAAAGCUCCAUGUCCAUCAUGGGAAGUUACUCCAACUGAGGGUGGUGCAUCUAUAACUGUUCACGAAUUAAAGUUUGCCAAGAAUAUCAAUGAAUCCGUUGUUUUCGAAGGUAAGUUUGCUGUGGAUGUUAUUCAUCGUGGUAUUCUUGUUAAUGGUAUUGUCGACAAGGAAAAGAGUGUAAGAUUUGAAGUCGAUAACUCCUAUCGUGUCUUGCCACUCAAUCCACAAGAUCAAUCGACAAGAUCUGGUCGUUACUAUCACGUCGAUAGAAUCAUGGCCAAGUGCAAGAAGGAACCAUGUCCAAAUUUCUCUGCCACGGAGCUCAACACCGGAAAGCAACAGCUUGCCAACAAACUGAUGGAACCAUAUUCUAACUAUCUCGGUGUCGACCAAGCUUGGUUGAACAGCAAGAUCCUCACUCAGGAACCGGUGAAAGCAAUCGUUCAGGCAAACAUCUUUGAAGGUACCAUCAUUGGAAAAGCUAUCUAUGUUAACAUUGUCGAUCCAAGUAUCAGUUGCCCACCACUUCCAAUCGUCGACUGCAUUCAAAACUAUGUACCUGUAUUUAAAAGAGAUUCCGAUCGUUGCUUACACACUGACGGUUGUGUUAAACCAGGCUUCUGUACUCUCUCUAUACCAGUUUGCCAAGAUGGUUACAGGCUAACUCAAUUUAGAUCUAAACCAAAUGCAUGUCCAUCAUACCACUGUGACGCAUGGUUCUUAUCAACACCAAAACAAUUCUAA